GAGACUACAGUAGUGUGUAUGUGUGUGUGUGUGUGUUCCAAGGAGUGGGGAAAAGGAGACAACCACUAGCUAAAGAAAGCAAGGAGAAAGAGAGGCAAGUCAACCAUAGUAAGAUAGAAAAAAAGCCAACUAGCCGUGGCCGGUUGAAGGGCAUGGCGAGUAGAGUUUUUAAGCUUUGUCGAGUUGGUCGUGUUUUCGUAUUGUUUUUAUAAUUAGCCACAUACCUGGUUAAAUCCAGUUAAAACGCGAGGAGCAGCCUGCGACUGGCUCUGGUCCCUGUAAAGGACCCGUUGAACAGCUAGCUGGCUACAUGAUAUUUUGUUGUCGCUAGCUUAGCUUACAGGCUCCGAGGUAGCUCCAUUGCAAGAAGAAAUUGUUAAAAGUAAGUGGCAUCUGCAUUGAGAAAAUGAACUAUGCUGCAAGAGACUUCUGUGGAAGUAUGGAUGAUCAGACCCGGAUGCUGGCGGGUCUGGGAGCACUCGGCGGAUUAACACCAGCCGACGUUGGCGACCCUGACUCGGUUCGGAAGCAACAAUCCCUCGGUCAGCCUCAGCAGGACAUAGGGGAUAUUCUUCAACAAAUAAUGGCCAUCACAGACGAGAGCCUGGAUGAAGCUCAGGCAAGAUGCUGGCCAGAGGAGGCUUCGGCGCAGUGGGGCGGAACUGACGACCCCACUGAGGGAGGUGGAGCUGGGAGGGGCACGGCGGGGGGUGCCCUGCCGCUCAACUUCCAGCACAGGAAACAUGCUCUGAACUGCCACAGGAUGAAGCCGGCCCUCUUCAGUGUCCUGUGCGAGAUCAAAGAGAAGACUGUUCUCAGUAUCCGCGGCGUGCAGGAGGAGGACCCCCCGGAUCCCCAGAUCAUGCGUCUGGACAACAUGCUGCUGGCCGAGGGCGUGUCGGGCCCGGAGAAGGGUGGCGGGUCGGCGGCCGCAGCCGCCGCUGCAGCUGCAGCAGGAGGAUCCCCUAAUGAUGGCAGCAUCGAGCACUCGGACUACAGAGCCAAGCUGGCCCAGAUCCGCCAGAUCUACCACUCCGAGCUGGAGAAGUAUGAACAGGCAUGCAGCGAGUUCACCAACCACGUGAUGAACCUGCUGCGGGAGCAGUCCCGCACGCGGCCCAUCUCCCCCAAAGAGAUCGAGCGCAUGGUGAGCAUCAUCCACCGCAAGUUCAGCUCCAUCCAGAUGCAGCUCAAGCAGAGCACCUGUGAGGCCGUCAUGAUCCUGCGCUCACGCUUCCUGGACGCCAGACGUAAGAGGCGCAACUUCAACAAACAGGCAACGGAGGUGCUGAACGAGUACUUCUACUCACACCUGUCCAACCCUUACCCCAGCGAGGAAGCCAAGGAGGAGCUGGCCAAGAAGUGCGGGAUCACUGUCUCUCAGGUCUCUAAUUGGUUUGGCAACAAGAGAAUUCGGUACAAGAAGAACAUUGGAUCGUCGGGCUCGUACAGCCUCUCUCACGCAGGAGACGCCUACCUCGGCCUGCGCUCACUCAACGGGGAGGGCCUUGCCGUCACCCCCUCUCUCCAGCAGCAGGUGGAUACCCUGCACCGUGCUACACACCUGACGGCCGGCUAUGAGGAGCUGUCAGGAAGUGGCCUUUUUACCCCACACAGCCUGGACGCUAACAACAGCUGGCAGGACACCACCAACCCCUCCUCCAUCACCUCUCCACCUGGGGCCCCUGGCAGCAUCCAUUCAGACACCUCCAAUUAAGACACAUGCUUUUCUUCCACACUCUCACACAGACACCCGCUGACACGUGCACCUGAGUUCCCCUGUUAUUUCUCAACCCUUUCCACUCUCCUGGUGUGGGACAUUUCUUCCACUCUGCCCCCAAACCACUGCCAUCUGCCCUGCUCCAACCCCCACUCCACCUCCUAUGCCCUCACCUCACCUCAACCCCCCAACCUCAAGAUUGACACUACACUACCCAUAAGCCAUCUGGACCAUCCCACCGGGCCGGGCAUGAUGGGGAAAAGCACACAAACACUCAACGCUCGCUCCAGAGGAACACAGCAGAGCAACAAAGCGCAAAAGGACAGGACUGCCUUCAUCACAGAGGGCACAACUCACACUGCUGGACCACAACAACACUCCUCCACAUACAGUGGAGAGAGAGAGAGAGAGAGAGAGAGAGAGAGAGAGAGAGAGAGAACAUACAGAGAGGCCUCUAGUUGUGAGCCAGAAAGCCACGUGCAACGCAAUGCAGCGUGGCGUAAAGUGAUGGUCGGGUCUCCCACCCACGACCACAGUGGGGUCCACUGGCCUGAGAUUAUCUGACUCACUCAUCAUCCAUGCACACACACACACACACACUCACUCACUCACUCUUACACACACACACACACACACACACAUAUACACACAUACACACCACACACACACAUUCAAACAAGGCAUCACCCUUUGUGGACUUCUUCUUCGUGGACUUCUGCAUUAGUUUGUGAGGGUGAAACCAGCAGGCGGCUGAGUCAGAGAUGCCCUUCAGCCUCGGGGAGGAGUCGGAAGCUCCCUCCAAUCACAGUGGACACCUCGCUCCCCUGGGUCCCACAGACACCACCAUAAUAACCGCCACGCUUGUACCAAAGUGCUGUCCAACAGUGGUCACCUCCUUCUGUUUUUCCUCACAGACCAACAACCACAGACACCCUCGAACUGACCACCCACGCAAGUUCUCCCGACAUCCUGUUCUGCUUGUUGCAAGUCAGUUCCUUUUUAACAGAGUUUCAAAAGAGAAAAAAAGAGAAAAGCUCAACGUAGCACUGUUAUUAUGUAAGUGAAGAGAACCUUUUAGUAUUGUAAUAAGGUUGUUUAAAGUACUUUUAUCAAACCUCUCGAUGCUUGUAAAUGGACACACAUACACACACACACACACACAUGACGUUUACAACAGCUGACAAUGAAAAUGUGUUAAGCACAAGUAUUUUUUCCAGCUAUUGGACCUCUUCCAUAGGACACACAGGUCAGGGCAUAGGAUGCUUUUGCUCAAAAAGAAAACAUAAGGGAGUGCUGGUGGUUGCAGCAGAACGUGUGUCAGACGUGGCGCUCACAGGCCGAAAAGACAGGAAAGUACUGUGCAGGAGGUUGGGAGAGGAGAAUGUAUAGGCUUUCUAUGGAAAUGGAUUUCUCUCAUUUUCACACUCACACACACACAAAUACAAACACAUGCGCGCACACACACACACACACACACACACAUACACACUCUGCAGCCACCGUGGUCACUUCUGUUCAGUACUGUUUUGUAAUUCUUGGAUUUUUUUUAUUUUGUUUUCAAAAAUAAAUGUAGUGUAAUGUUUUUUUGUUGUUUUCAUAAUAAUGCCCCAGCUACCAAAUACAAAAAAAGAACUACAUUGUAGAGUUGAGAAAAUCUUAAGGGUAGGGGAGACGUAUGUGGGAGAUUUGAAUAGGGAAUGGGUUAAGACCAGAAGAAUGCAAUGUGUAAUUGUCUUCCAUGCAUGUAAACGUCGGUGUUUUUUGUGGUGUUCAUCGGACCUACUCAUCUCCAUUAGUUCACCGUUAACUUAGCUUUUUUUUCUUCUUCUUUUCUUAAAAAAAAAAAAAAACACUUCUGGAGAAGAGGUUGUAACACAUUUUUGAGAGGGUACUAAUGACAGACCAAAAAGGAAAAAAAAAAAACUCAUCAUGCACACACACUGUACUGACUGUCCUGCUGGCUGGUGUUUUCUGUUCCUGUUAUUUCAUCGAAUGGUUUCUGUUUAGGGUUCCCAAACAGGUAGCUGCAUCUGACCCCCCACCCCACCCCCCUUCCCAACAUGCAGGAGGCCACAGAUGACCGAUAAGCAGUCGUUACCUGUAUUGUUCCAAACCAAAAAUGUUUUCAGAUAUGUAAAUUAUGAUGACAAAACUGUGGUGCGUCUGUCAGUCAGAGAUACAGCUGGGGAGGCGAGGAGGUUUGUCAGUUUUGCAUCAGUGUAUGUGUUUGUUUGACUGUGUGUGUGUGUGUACACGGUUGUGUGUGUGUGUGUGUGUACACAGUUGUGCGUGUGUGUGCGUGUGUGUGUCUGAUCUUACCUUACGUUGCUCUUGGUGUAAAGGUGGGUGGGAUGUUUUUUUGUUGUGGGUGGUCUGGGAAAUAGAGGUGUAGGAAAGGUCGUUUGAUCACUCACCCCUGUGCUUUGAGUCGAUUGUAUCGUGUGUGCAAUGACAGCAUCCAUUCCACAAGAAGGCUCGCUGUCACUCUAGUCCUAACAGCUGACCCCAUGGCGGGAACUCCACUCUUUGUCUGUUAUCUAGGCCACUCAAACAAGGGCUUUUUCUCUCCUUUGAAUAUGAACCAAAAAAGAGCAGUACUGGGUGCGUGAUGAUUCAAGACUAGAGCCUAUACAGAAACACAAAUUCCACAUUUUUAUUUUCUCUAACUUUUUUUUUUUUGUUAACUUGUUAAGAAAAGUCAUAGUAGAACCAGAGUGUUUUGAUAUAUGAAUGACAAAUUCUACAUAUGACGCAAAGGACACUGAAAUGUAAAUUAGAGUUUUGUUCAUGGAUGACCAAACUCUGACAAGCUUUUCAAGGUAUUAGCCAGAUUUUGAUGUCCUCUGUUCCUUACUGUUACUUAAAAGCGUUUCAUAUGGCUGUCUUUUACAAGUCUUGCUGUUACUACACCAAAAUUAUCAUUUUCUUUUGUUUUCUACCAGUCGUCUGUGGGUGUCACUGUACAGAUUGUGGAAUGUUUCAACAUAUAUCUUUUUAUAUAAAGAUUCUGUUCUUUUCUUUUUUUGAGUUGCCUGGUUUGUUUUUGCCUUUACUCUGCAUAUGUGGUAGAGCAACAAUCUUUUAUUCUUUUUUACAAAAAAAAAUAUUUUAACAGCUUAGAAUUUAAGUUUGACUGUGGAUUUUGGAGUGAUUAUGUUGCUUAUUUAGUGUUUUUUGUGGAAAACUGAGUUUGCGUUUGGUGCAGUGAGAAACACUUCCUACACACAUAGAUUAGGCUCUUUUUUGAAAUAAAACUACCACAAAUGUGCACUGUAGCAAUACUUUCUCCACAAGCAGAAAUCCAAAACUGCACUCAUUCACCGUAGAAUGUAGCUGAUGAAUUAACUUGUACAGGUCAGACAGAGUGUAGCUUUCAUUUUUGAAUUCUGACUUGUAACCUUUCUCUAAAUUGGACACUGAGGUUUGAUCAGUCACGUUUUAACAUCGUGAAUUUUCUUUUUUUGUCUUAAGUGUUGUGCUUCUUCAUAGUUUGGGGUCUAGCUUAAGUGGAUACAGUGUUCUUCUUUUAAAACUGAUGCCUGUUCCACAGUCACUGAGCUUGUGUUCACUGACAUCCUGCUACUCCUCACCUUAAAAAGCAUCUCAGUCUCUGCACUGUUCAAGUGGCUUCCCCUGCACCAAAUCAGAACUGCAUCGAUAGCGUUUUUAUAUACUUUGUUUUAUUAGACUCUUAGUGUCUCCCUUCUUUCAUUCUUCUUUCUUCACCCCAUUCUUUUUCUUCUCUACCUCUCUCUCUCCAUUUUCUCUUGUAUAUAAAUCCCUCUGUUUUCAGACUGGUCAGUCUGUAAAAUCCUUUUAUACCUCAACUUUAGAACUGUUCUAGUAAGAGAAAAAUAUGAGAAAAUUGUAGUGUUCCUUAUUAGAAAUACAAAAAACUAAUAAAAUAAUCUAGUGUGCUUUUUAUCAUUUUGGGGUGUUUAUUUUGGGGAUGUUUAUUUGCUUGUUUUAAUGGGAACAAUGACCUUUAGUCACUACAACUAUGCUAUUGUGACUUACAAAAAAAAUAAAAAAUGUAUAAAGAACCUU